UUCAGAACAGUCUCAGCGCCCACUAUAUUAGGCCGGUCAGUUGUCCCCGGUCUAGUUCCAAGGCAAUCUCAUAGCUUCGUAUCAAAACAACACCCAACUUGGUCUCUCAGAUGGAGUUGUUGGGUGUGGUGUCUUGCAUGUCUAUGAGCCACGUCUCAACUACAUUCUGCAGCCCAUUGGCAUUACUAUCAAGGACUUGGUAUACACAUAAAAAGCCGAGGAACGGUAGGUACAUAAACAGGCAGGGAAAGAGAAUCAAACUAUUCCGUCUACACGAACAGCGGUCUGGUUGUAUCCGCCGCAAGCUGGCUAGAACCACUACAAUUGGCAAAGAAAAUCUAAAAAAAGAUAACACUCUUCAGCCAGCGAGAAGCCAAUGGGGAGAUACUGAACUAUUCAUGCUUAUCAUUGGGCUGUCGUGGAUGUCACCGAAGAGAAUCCAACCAUCGGAUACUUAUCCGUGGUAUCUUGUUUACCAGCCUGAGGGAAAGUGAUGAUUAGCCAUGCACACAUUAGAAGUUUUUCUGCGUUAUUAAUUUUUCUGGUCUGGAAGCUCUGGUCCUUAUCAAUAUGCAAUGUGUGAGUCAUUCGUUUG